GCCAACAUGACGCAAUCACGUACAGUUUCCAAACAAUACUCAAGGAAAAGCCACGUUGACGGUCCAGACUGAAGUGUAGUCCACAUUUUCAGUGCAGAAAUAAGGCACGGUAUUUUCUACAGACAGCUCGGAUUCUCUCUCGCUUCAGACGUCAAGUCGGAGCCGGACAUGUCAUCACCGCAGCAGGAGAAAAUGGAGACCAAAGGAGGACAUCCACCUGCAGUGAAGGCAGGAGGGAUGAGGAUAGUGCAGAAGCACCAGCCAACUCCUGCCCCGGAACCUCCACAGAAGGAGGAUGAAGAGGAAUAUGUGAGCAGCAGUCCUCCAAAGGCCCCUGUCAUUGUCUCUGGAGUGGUGACCAAGGGGGAUAAAGACUUCACCCCAGCUGCUGCCCAGGUGGCACACCAGAAGCCCCAGCCCUGUGUCCCCAAGCUGCCCCCGGCACAGCACAUCAACCAGCACAUCCACCAGCCCCGCAAGUGAGCCCAGGCAGCAGCGGCUCCACUAACUCCACCAGCCGGCCUUCCCAACGGAACACACAGGAUCAAGAUGUUUCCCCACCUGGCACAGAUCUCUUUGUAAAAAAAAAAAAAUUGACAGUAAAUUUGUGAACUUGUGUCUUGUUGCAUUGCACUUGCAAGUAUUUUUAUUCUUAAAAAAAGAAAACCAACCAAUAUAACCCUGCUAGAAAAAUCUCUUUACUCCCUAACUGAUGAAGUUAAACCUGCCCUUUGGUGUCCUGAGUAAAAACAGUUUACACAGUGAACAGUCUUAAGUUGGUGUGUAGGCUCUUUUCACUGGAUGAUUUCUCCGAGUCCUCAGUCUUUAAUGUGAGUCUGUGAGGUAACUGUAACUUCACUGACCCAGCACCACCUGACCACAGAACAGCCAACCACAGCAAUCAAUAAUCAGGCCAGCUCAACCCUUUAACCACAUGAUCUUCACACACCAAAAGAACCAAUCAGCAAAAGAGGAGGUGGGCACGACAUUAGUGAUGUCACCACAAACCAGACACACGGAAAACAAAUUAUCUAAACGACCAGAAUCAGUGGGAUGUGACUGAGUCACUGACGCUGUUGCCAAAGUACACAUGUACAGCAUGGACCAGAGGCAGACAGAGAAUUAACCAGUUAUUAUCCCAAGGCUGAUGUUACCAGCAACACUGACAAGCAUUCCUUUUGACCUGACCCUAAUUGAACCGACUGUAAGUAAAACACGUUAAUGAAAUCUUCACCAGGAAUUAAACAGAACAUUCCCAACUGCAUGUUUUUAAUCCUAUAACAAAUUGGACCUGUUUCUUUCCCAGCUACUUGUCAUAAUUAACGUUUGGCUCCGACUUUGAUUACUAAUUUUUAUAUGUUGCUGCAGCUUUGCCUCACCAGGAAAAGUUUAAUUUUAAAUGUUAACUCAUUCAAAUGAAAACUCAACCUGAUUAGUUUUAAAAGUUGCCUUCCCUGCAGUGCACACACACAUACACACACCACCCUUUUACCCAAUCACCUUUCCUCUUACACUCAAGUGUCAUUUUUUCCAACAACAAUGUUCAGGUUACCAGGAAAGAAUGAACGUAAUUAACGUUGCCAUGGUCGAAUGAUCUCAUGUGUUAAUUUAAUGAUGUUUAAAAGAGUUCUAUUUUUGUUUUCUCUAUUCUUUUGUUCCAUGAGAAAAAUUGUUCAAAUUGUACAAAUCUGUAGUCAUUAAGUGGACGUGGGUAGUAGGCGUGGUUGUCAUAGUAAAUAAAGAUAUAGACUAUCUUGACAGAG